UGCAAGCUCUCAUUCGAAUUUUUGACCAUUUGCUUUGUGGAUUUCAAGUGUUGUUUUCCUGUCAUACUACAUCCAUGUAGUAGUCUCGUUUGCUUAUUUUUCGUAAGCCACUAGCCUUCUCUGACUUGUUUGCGCUCUGCCAGUUUUUAACUCUCUCGUCGCGUUUGCUUUGAAGAGCGCCCUGCUGUGGAGUACUUUUUCAAAGUCACUGGAGCCUGUACAUGUAAUCAGUUUUUUCUAUGUGUCAAGUAGUAAGGGUAGAUUUCCUAUUCGCAGCUGCACCAGCCGAAGAGCUUGUGAACUUUUCUUGGGCUUAGAGGGUUGUCCACGCUCUGUGGACCUUGGCACUAAUCAAUGCCCAAAGAUGAUCAGCAGUCAUCGCCACCGCCACCGUCGGCGUUCAGUAAGUACAGGGAGACAUGCAAGCACCUUGUCUCUGGUGCCUGUGCCGGCGCAGUGUCUCGCACAUGCGUGUCGCCGUUAGAGCGACUGAAAAUCCUCCUCCAGCUGCAGCCGUCGCGCCCGGACACGGCAAAGUACGGUGGUAUUAUACCGUCGCUGAAGCUCAUACAUCGCGAGGAAGGCUUUCGUGGAUUUUAUAAGGGCAAUGGAACGAAUGUUCUCCGUAUUAUGCCCUACAUGGCCGUCCAGUUUGCUGCCUAUGAAAAACUGAAGAAGGUGCUGUAUGUGUCCAACGGUCCGGAGUCAGCACCACGUCGGCUGCUCGCUGGCAGUAUUGCUGGAGUCUGCUCUGUGUCAGUCACGUACCCUCUGGAUCUCGUCAGGACACGCUUAUCUGUACAGAUGGAGAGCAAGAAUCCAAAGUACAAGAGUAUAGCUCACUGCUUCCGCACCAUUCUCAAAGAAGAAGGUGGCUUCAUGUCCGGUGCGCUGUAUCGCGGAAUUGGGCCAACCCUGUCCGGCAUUGCGCCGUACGUCGGCAUCAACUUUGCCGUGUACGAGACGAUAAAGAGCUACGUGAUUGUGGCGUACCUGCCGCCGUCGUUCACCUACCAGCACGGCUCCGUGUCGGUGUCCGUGGCGGAUGCCUAUCUGCCCGCGUACGUCAAGCUGGCGUGCGGUUGCUUGUCCGGCGCCACGGCGCAGAGUCUAACCUACCCGCUGGACGUGCUGCGGCGGAGAAUGCAGAUGAAGGGCUUCAACCAUCACUUCGCCUACAAGAACUCAUUCCACGCCAUCCGCAUCAUCCUGCGCACAGAAGGUGUGCGCGGUAUGUACAAGGGUUUCUGGCCCAACUUGGUUAAGGUUGCGCCGGCCAUGGGCAUGAACUUCUUGACGUACGAAUUUGUCAAGGCUCGCUUCAGCGGUGUGCCCCUCGGCCUUCGUUGGAGGGAAGGCAGCUGACUUUAACCACCUGUCACUGUAUGUGUCGCUUCUUCGCUGCCUGAUUGCAGUCGGAAAGCCUUGAACUUGCAACGCGUCCGUUCUUGUUGCAUUAGUCCCAGCGCCCUUGCCGCUGCCUGUAUGCUGCAGCAGAGGGCAGGUUCACUUGAGGCAGAUUCUCUCGUUGGAAUAUUAACUUAUAAUUGUGUUCUGGGUCAAUGUGCCGCUUAUAACCACUGAAUAGGAUUUUUUAAAUUGUGGCUGCACCCCGGAACUAGGCCUUGACCUCUGGUCAGUUUGAGUUGGUAUUCUCUUGUAGUAUUUCUAUUAGUGUUUUAGUGCUUUGUACUGUCCCAAGAGUUAGCCAUUCUUCUCUCAAAUGCAGGCUCUGAAGUUCCAGUUUCUGCUUCCUCAAAGAGCAGUGUAUGCUGAGAAAAUCUUUAUCAUGAACUAGCGAUCUCUCUUUGGCGUGAACCAGCAUUAGGAACCUCUCCGUACAAGUCAAGGUUUGUUAGUGGAUGAGAAUGCAACAUGCCUCACUCCCAAAGAAGAAUUAUAAUUUGAUGCUGAGUGCUUGAUCCUUGUAGUGAAGUGUCGUAACACUGUGACUGCUU